AUGGCCACCGCUCUUGACCACCUCGCCCUUGGUGGCAGAAUCGACUGGCUCGCCUCGCUCGACACUGCCUUCCAGCCCGCCCAGAACUACCGCCGAACAUCCAUUAUCUGCACGGUUGGUCCCAAGAGCAACUCCGUCGAGGUCCUGAACAAGCUCCGAAAUGCGGGUCUUAACGUGGUCCGAAUGAACUUCUCGCACGGCGAGUACGAGUACCACCAGUCUGUCAUUGACAAUGCUCGCGCUGCCGAGAAGUCCCAGCCCGGCCGUCAGGUCGCCAUUGCCCUCGACACCAAGGGACCUGAAAUCCGAACCGGAAACACAACGGGAGAUGCCGACCUUCCCAUCUCGGCCGGCACCGAGAUGAACUUCACAACCGACGACAAGUACAAGACGGCAUGCGACACCGAGAACAUGUAUGUUGACUACAAGAACAUCACCAAGGUCAUCCAGAAGGGCCGUACCAUCUAUGUCGACGACGGUAUCCUGGCAUUCGAGGUGCUGGACAUCGUUGACGACAAGACCCUCCGUGUCCGAUGCAAGAACAACGGCUUCAUCUCCUCAAGAAAGGGUGUCAACCUGCCCAACACCGACGUCGAUCUUCCUGCCCUUUCCGAGAAGGACAAGAACGACCUGCGCUUCGGUGUCAAGAACAACGUCGACAUGGUCUUCGCCUCGUUCAUCAGACGGGGUGAGGACAUCAAGUCCAUCCGGGAGGUCCUCGGCGAGCAGGGCAAGCACAUCCAGAUCAUCGCCAAGAUCGAGAACCGACAAGGUCUGAACAACUUUGCCGAGAUCCUCAAGGAGACUGAUGGUGUCAUGGUUGCCCGUGGUGACCUGGGUAUCGAGAUCCCCGCCGCCGAGGUGUUCGCCGCCCAGAAGAAGAUGAUCGCCAUGUGCAACAUCGCUGGCAAGCCCGUCAUCUGCGCCACCCAGAUGCUCGAGAGCAUGAUCAAGAACCCCCGGCCCACCCGUGCCGAGAUCAGCGACGUCGGCAACGCCGUCACUGACGGUGCAGACUGCGUCAUGCUGUCUGGUGAGACCGCCAAGGGCUCCUACCCAUGCGAGGCCGUCUAUGAGAUGAGCGAAGCUUGCCUCAAGGCCGAGAACACCAUCCCAUACGUCUCCCACUUCGAGGAGUUGUGCUCACAGAUCAAGCGCCCCAUCAGCGUCGUCGAGUCUUGCGCCAUGUCUGCCGUGCGGGCAUCGCUGGACCUGAACGCCGGUGGUAUCAUCGUCCUUUCCACCUCGGGCGAAUCCGCUCGUCUGCUCUCCAAGUACCGCCCCGUGUGCCCCAUCUUCAUGGUGACCCGCAACGCCAGCGCCUCCCGGUAUGCUCACCUGUACCGUGGCGUGUACCCAUUCCACUUCCCCGAGGAAAAGCCCGACUUCUCCAAGGUUAACUGGCAGGAGGAUGUCGACCGCCGUAUCAAGUGGGCCGUGGCGAGGGCUAAGGAGCUCAACGUCCUGUCCAAGAACGACACCGUUGUCGUCGUUCAGGGAUGGAAGGGCGGCAUGGGUAACACCAACACCCUGCGGAUCGUCAAGGCCGACACUGAGGACCUUGGCAUCGGCAAGCUUGAGGGCUAA